AUGGUAGCAGGCACGGACAGAAUACUAGGACACGUGCGAAUCAAGGCAGUCGAUCAACGAGAGGCUGAUCAGGCUCAGCGCUUUGAAUCAGCACCCAUAAUAGACUUUCAGGCAAUUCUGCGGCUGCUCCACAAGUGCGAAGAAAGCCACGACCAUAACAACUGGGACCUACCAAGAUACCAAAGCCCUACCAGCAUACAGCUCAUCGACGUCGAAUAUAUGAUGGUCAUUCCAGCCACUACAGGAUAUCGUUACAUAGCCUUGAGCUAUGUCUGGGGCGAGCACGAUCACUUCGCAGCCACGACGAAAACCAGAGAGCCCCUUGGCCAUAAAAGAGGCCUUGAUCGAUAUAUGGGCAAAAUCCCACAGACGAUCAAAGACGCGAUGGAUGUCGUGAAAGGGCUUGGAGAGAGGUAUCUCUGGGUUGAUACGCUCUGCAUCGAGCAGGAUAAUACGACUCAGAAAGAUGUCCACAUUCGGAGAAUGGAUGUGAUCUACUCUCAUGCUCUCAUCACAAUAAUUGCGCAUUCUGGGGUGGCCGCAACAUCUCCACUCCCCGGACUGCGGUCGGGAACAAGACUCGGACUGCCGACGAAGCGCAUCGACAAUAUCGUGAUAUCCGUUGAGGCCCCAAAACUCUGGGACUCUGGUGCACCCCAUGAAAGACGUGGUUGGACUCUACAGGAACAGCUCAUGGCAAAACGAUGCUUGUAUUUUGACUGCCACACGACUUGGUUCCAGUGCGGGAAAGGUAUGUGCAGAGAGCUCGAUGCGACAGGGGACGGCCUCUAUGAAUAUUUGCAGCCUCCAGCCUCAUUCGACAUGAAUUCUCUUCGGUCCACACUGAUGGAAGCUACGGUCAACCGUCGCUUCGAAGACGUCUGGCAAACAUACGCCACAAUUGUUGAGCGGUAUCGUACCCGAGAGCUCAGAUAUAUCGAGGAUACGAUUCUCGCCAUACAAGGCGUCACACAAGUCGUAGCAGAUUUGUUGAGUGUGCCACUCAUAUCGACCGUACCUUCAAAGUUCAUACCACGUUCAAUGCAAUUCUACUUUACCGGCGAGGGCCUCGUACCUGGAAGAAACGAAACUGCACCCUCGUGGUCUUGGGCAGGCUGGCAUGACUCAAUCUUCUUCGACGACCAGUCUGUGGCAGAACCCGUUACAGUCGAAGCAGUCGAAUUAGACAUGAAAGUUGGAUACAAAGCUCACAAGCUCAUGAGGACUCCGAUCAAGACUUCCUACAGACAGCAAGCUCCGAGGUUGCAGUCCCAACAGAGAAAUCAUCCGCGACAGCGCCGCUUUACAUACUUCUUGAAAUCGAGUGUCUGUCCACCAAAGCUUCAGCCUUUACAUUCAAGACAUACAGACAGGCUUUGGUAA